AUGCCUAAGCAGCCUACGCAGAAAGUGUCGACGACUACGCGCCGGACAAAGGCGAAGAAGGACCCGGCUGCCCCAAAGCGCCCCCUGAGCGCGUACAUGUUUUUCAGCCAGGACUGGCGCGAGCGCGUCAAGGCGGAGAACCCCGACGCCGGCUUCGGUGACGUGGGUCGUUUGCUGGGUACCAAGUGGAAGGAGAUGAGCGACGACGAGAAGAAGCCGUACAUCGACAUGGCCAACAAGGACAAGGAGCGUGCCGAGGCCGAGAAGGCCGCGUACGCGAACAAGGCCUAA